AUGGUGAGUAGCAUUUACACUAAACUCUGCCCUCGACUUUCAUCCAUUUCAUGCCCAACGGGUGCGAGGAGAGAGUUUUUUGCGGCAAAGCAGGAGUCUGCACGGAAGGACGUGGAGCGAGGAUUCAGUGUGCUUCAAGCGCGUUGGGGAAUAGUGAAAGGCCCGGCUCGUUCCAGGUACAGGCAUCAUAUCGCCAAUGUCAUGUACGUGUGCAUCAUUUUGCACAACAUGAUUAUUCACAAUGAAGGUCGUGCAGCUAGCGAGUGGUCCGACGAUGAAGCCGGUCCGAGCACAGGUCAUGCAGCCUCGCCGGUCGUUCGAGGUUUAUCCUAUGGAGUCACCGAGAGAUUGCAAGCUCAGGAGAGCAUGCGCAACCAACAAGCUCAUCUUGAUCUCAUGAACGACAUGAUUGAAGAAGUUUGGACACGUAAUGGUCGUUGA